AUCUAGUGCUAUUUUCAUUAUAAAGUUGUAGGAAGAGGAAGUUGGAUUCAGUCGGUAUCUCAUCACGUUACUCUUGCUUGUGUAGGAGAGGAUUUUUUUUCACAAUGGGUGCUAAAGUCUCUAGAACUGACUUCGAAUGGGCCUACACAGAAGAACCACACGCCUCAAGAAGAAAAGAGAUGUUAGCAAAGUAUCCUGAAAUGAAAAAGCUGAUGGGAAUUGAUGCAAAAUUCAAGUACAUAGUAACUGUAAUGGUCAUCUUUCAGUUUUUAGCAUGCUAUGCUAUGAAAGACCAUUCCUGGAUGACAAUUUUAAUCUUUGCAUAUAUUUUUGGUGGAACAAUCAAUCACUCUUUGACUUUAGCAAUUCAUGAAAUUUCCCACAACUUAGCAUUUGGACAUGGUCGUCCAUUGGCCAACAGAUUUUUCGGCUUCUUUGUGAAUCUUCCUAUUGCUGUGCCCAUGUCUAUAUCUUUUAAGAAAUACCACUUAGAUCAUCAUCGUUACCAGGGGGAUGAACAAAAAGAUGUGGACAUACCUUCAAGUUUUGAAACAAGAUUUUUUACUCGCACACUCCAUAAAUUUAUUUGGGUACUUUUGCAACCAUGGUUUUAUUCUAUCCGCCCAUUUGUAAUUAACCCUAAGCCCAUGGGUUUCCUUGAGUUGACCAAUAUUGUGAUUCAGUUUGUCUUCGACUUUUUACUCUUUUAUUUCAUUGGUUUCAAAUCUUUGGCAUAUUUGGUGUUGGGCAGUUUUAUGGCCACUGGAUUCCAUCCCAUGGCUGGACAUUUCAUCUCUGAACACUACAUGUUUGUUAAAGGCUAUGAAACAUACUCAUAUUAUGGUCCAUUGAAUUGGUUGACUUGGAAUGUUGGAUACCACAAUGAACAUCAUGAUUUCCCAAGCAUUCCUGGCUCUCGAUUACCAGAGGUCAGAAAAAUUGCUCCUGAAUACUACAAAAACCUGCCUUGUCAUCAUUCAUGGGUGAAGGUAAUCUGGGAUUUCAUCUUUGACCCUGAAAUUGGACCUUACUCUCGUGUCAAACGAAGAGUGGAAAAACCCGAAGAGGGAGAGAACCACAUGAAGGUGUCUGAAGGUGCUCCUCAUACCAAUGGCAAUGGUGUGAAAUAUGGAAAUGGAAUAAAAUAAUGUAUCUUUUUCAUGUGUGUGCACCUACAAUAUACUUCGUGGUACGUGAACCUACAAUAAUAUUAAGUUAAAACCUUUCAAGUAACUUUUGUACUGACCAUAAUCUAGAAAAAAAUUAUGACUAUUGUAACCUGGGAAGCUAGUGGCCAAUUUGUGUGAGAACAAUAUCUAUUGUCUGUAUAUGUACAUGAUUAAGAAUAUUACAUUUACAUUAUAUAGUACUUAAUGAUACAUUGUUAAUGGAAUUAUUUGUUCUGCUCACAAUAUUUGGUUUUCUUAAAACACCUUCAGAUUUUUAAAAAUCAGAUAAACUGGAAAAGUGUGUGACAGAAUUACUUUUGGAGUAAUGCAAAGCAUCUAAUUUACAAACGUUAAAGAUCAAUAAAAUUUUGAAAAUUGUAAGUCAUCUGCUGCUCAUGUCUAUGUCCAAGAUCAGCAAACGUCACAUAAUUCUAUGGCCAUAGUUAUCUUAUUGCAGUUCUGAGCUGCCUAGUUUUCAUCAUUGGAAACUUAAUAUUUGAUGAUGUUUUUAAAUACUUCUAAAAUAUUUUACUUUUUAUAAUCUCUACUUAUCUAUAUGAUCUACUUUAUUAUUUUGGCUGAUUGCUACUUCAGUACAGUUUUACUUUUAAAAUAGAAAAUUUAGGCACAUACAUUGCUUGAUUGCUUUCAAGUAAUGAAAAAAGUUUUUUACUUAAGAUAAUUUAUUCCUUACUUUCUGCUAGUAUUCUCACAUACUGAACUGUACUGUAUAUCACUGUUGGUUGGUUUUUAAUUUAACUUAAUAUCAGUAUUGAAAAAUACACUGGAGGCUGUAAGUAUAUACAUAUUUAAGGUUUUGUAAACUAUUUUGUUCAUUUUUAUUUCAAACGCUGUCUAACUUGUAACGUUCAUUGCUACCUGUGUUCUUCCAAAAUUGAUCAUUUAUUUAUUAGGUAUACUUUAAUACUAUUUUGAAACAGUUUCCACUUAAUCAUUAUAUAUAUAUACAUAUUAUAUGUAGAUAUAUAUAUCCUAUGAUAACUGAAACACUCAGAAAUGAAAGCUACAGGCUUAGUAAUUCUCUUAACUGUUGUUGUCUUAGUGAAUUAUUUUUCUAUGGGUUGUCCAUUAUUUUAAAAUGUUAAGAAAAACCCCGAGAAAAUUUCUAACAUCAAAAUGUUUGUCUUCCACACCAACUCUUGCCGGCACCAGCUCCAUGUGACUGGGUCUGAUAGGGAAAUGUACCCAGAUAAAAAUGUCUGCUUGCUGUAUUUAAACACCACAACAACACACUUUUGUAACUGGAGUGUAACACUACCAUUGGCAAGAAUUGAUUUCUGACAUUUACAAUAUUUCAAGUGAUGUGAAAACUAUUUUAGAAUGUGAGUUAUCAAAAUGAUCAGAAUUCAUUCAUGGUCAUUUUUAUGUGAAUGUGUAUGACUGCUUUUUUAAUUGUCAUUGUACAAUGCAUAUUUUUAUGUUUUUGAAAGACAUACUAGUACAUGAAAUAGCUGUUAAAGUGUAGCAUCCCCUGCUAUUUGAAUGCUGUCACAGUGCUCCCGGCCAUUGGAAUGCUUGAACAACUUUAUUGUGAUUUACAUUGAUAUGAAAUUGUGCUGAAAGUAGUUUAUUAAUACUUAACAGGGUAAAACACUGCAGUAUUAAUUUAUUUAACUCUAUAGUCUGAUAGUAAUACCCACAUCUUAUAAUGAUCAAUUAUUUAACACAAUAGUCUGAUGGUAACACCCACUUCUUAUAAUGAUCAAUUAUUUAACAAUAGUCUGAUGGUAACACCCACUUCUUAUAAUGAUCAAUUAUUUAACACAAUAGUCUGAUGGUAACACCCACUUCUUAUAAUGAUCAAUUAUUUAACACAAUAGUCUGAUGGUAACACCCACAUCUUAUAAUGAUGUAACUGAUUACUGGCAAGGCCAUCAUGUCCUUGAUGUCUAGUCCUACCUAGUUGAUUUGGAAGAAAACAACACAUAAUUUUCCCUGUGAAUGUAAACAAACUAGGUGUCUCAAGUUUUAUAUGAUUCUUCAGUAUUGGACAACUGUGAUGACUAACCCACUUAAGUUUAUUGAAUUCAGUUUUUUAACAGUCUAUGUGUGAUUUUUAAAUUCAGUGUUUUUUGUUCCAGGAUUUUUAUUUCACAUUAAUUAUAAAUAGUCAGUCAUUACUCAUUGGCUAGCAUGUAAUUGUGUUGUAGAAAUGUUACUCAAGAAAUAUCAAGUAUGAAAUGAUAAGUUAAUUUGAUGCUUCAGUUGUAUGUCAUCAGUUAAUGAGCAGUUUCUGUAUUAGUUGGUUAUCAUAGAACAGACCUGUUUCCUUAUAUUUGAUUUUUGUUUCAUUUAGUCUCAGCACUCACUGUAUGUAUAAGACAUACAUUUUACAUCAAAUUGUUAAUCUGGUGUUGAUUUGAGGUGCAACACAAGUUUGUUUUUUUUUUUGUUUUUUUUUUUACUUACAGUGGCACAAAUAAUACAUUAAUUUGAACUGGUCUUAAAAUAUUUUGUUUUUUUAAAUUAUCAUCCUAAUGCUGUUAGCUCCAUAAAAAUUAUAUUUUUAAAAUAUUUGAAAGUAAAAAUCUUUUUAAUUAUAAUUUGAGCUUUAAUUUAUAAAUGUAUUUCAUUUAACUGUAUAAAAACAUGUUUUGAAUUUUUUUUACAAGUACAUAGUUGGACUGCAUAUUUAAGAUUUGAAUCUUGUUCUGUGUAUAUAUGGUUGUACCUGUUUAUUGAAGCAGAACCUUCCUUGUAUUUGAGCUGCUAGUCAUGCAUACUUUGUAUUCAUUUUUUUUUUUACUUUCAUUUAGUACUUGUCUGCCAAGUACAAGCUGAGUUUUUACUUAAGUAGCAUUGCUUCUAGGUGUUGGAGAUUUUUUUCUGUGAAUUAUCUGCUGGAUCAAUGUGAUUUUUUUUUUAAACUGCUUCAAGUCAACUGUGUAUGUGUACAUUGGUUUAUUCAGGCAGAUAGCCUGGAGUUUACGGGAUGUUUUACUCAACAACUUUCUAGUUAAAACAUUUCUGCCAUGUCUCAGUAAUAUAAAGAUAAAUAAUCAAGUAAAGAAGUCUUGUGUAAUCCAGUCAAUUUGUAACCAUUGCACUAACAAAGCAAAUGCUGUGCUUACAGGAAUACUCAUACAAAAAUGGCCGUUCUUAUUGACCUGUUGGAUAACUAGUUUAGUUUGAGAUGGACCGGUUGGGUAACUAGUUUAGUUUGAGAUGGACCGGUUGGGUAAACUAGUUUAGUUUGAGAUGGACCGGUUGGGUUACUAGUUUAGUUUGAGAUGGACCGGUUGGGUAACUAGUUUAGUUUGAGAUGGACCGGUUGGGUAAACUAGUUUAGUUUGAGAUGGACUGGUUGGGUAACUAGUUUAGUUUGAGAUGGACCGGUUGGGUAACUAGUUUAGUUUGAGAUGGACCGGUUGGGUAACUAGUUUAGUUUGAGAUGGACUGGUUGGGUUACUAGUUUAGUUUGAGAUGGACCGGUUGGGUAACUAGUUUAGUUUGAGAUGGACCGGUUGGGUUACUAGUUUAGUUUGAGAUGGACUGGUUGGGUAACUAGUUAGAGAUAGACAGGUCAAUAAUGAACAUUUUAUUCAGAGAUUUUCUGCCAUGUUAACUUCACUCACUGUUUAAGCUAACAUGUUUCUUGCUGACACUGUCAACUAUUUGAAUAAAACAAGCAUUGUUUUCUUGCUCA